AGACUCUCAUUCGCUGGAUAUAAAGAGAAUGUAGCCGGCAGUUAAAAGCAUCAGUCACCUUGUGAUCGUGUGUCGCAGCAGUGAUCUUCGGAGAUAGAUUUUACAGGUGUUACACGCGUUUUCAGAUCUGUCGAAAUCUAUCACAUAGUCGUCGAUCAAGAAACGAAACAUGUGGGAUCAUCAUUUACAACUGGUGAUCGUCAGUUUCGUGGGACUACUCUCAGUAACGUCGAUACACUCGCAGGAAAGUUGCGUGAAUCCACUGGGUAGAAGUGGCAUAUGCAUCAAUGUCAGAGAGUGCGAGCCGCUCCUUGAGCUUUUGAGGAGAGAUGGUAAUUCGGCAGGAAAUUUUUUGAGGCGCUCGGUCUGCAGAUUCGACGGUUCAAAUCCCAUCGUAUGUUGUCCGGGUGGUAACAGGGCAUUCGAGGAUGAUGACGACCCUAUCCCUCCCAGUCGUCCACGUGAUACAUCUGUCACUCUACCGCAAUCAAAUCCUUACUGGCCGAUUUAUGCCCCAGUUUGUGGUGCUAUUUCCAACAAUCAGUGGACGCGGGUCGUUGGAGGUGCGCCAGCCAAAUUGGGUGCUUGGCCUUGGAUCGUAGCAUUGGGAUACCGUUCAAAGACAGCGUCGAAUAAACCGCGAUGGCUUUGUGCUGGAAGUCUCGUGUCCUCCCGACACGUUGUAACCGCUGCCCACUGCGUUCACCGUCUCAACGAUCUUUAUUUAGUGCGUCUAGGUGAUCUAGAUCUCGAUGAUGAUGUUCAGGAUGGUGCGAGUCCCAUAGAUGUUCCUAUUGAGCAAGUCCACGAACACCCGCAGUACAGCGAGACUCAAUAUACUAAUGACAUCGCGGUGCUGAGACUGGCGUAUGAUGUAGAAUUUUCCGAGUUGAUCCGGCCGAUCUGUUUACCACUGCCUGAUGAGCUUUACAACAAAAAUUACGUUAAUUCAUUGCCGUUUAUUGCUGGCUGGGGAUCUAUUUAUUUCCGAGGACCCAGUUCCAGUCACCUCCAGCAGCUUCAAAUUCCUGUUGUUCCGCCAGAAAAUUGCAAAACCGCGUUCAACCGUUUCAAGACCACAGUAAUUGAUGAGCGAGUGAUCUGCGCGGGUUUCGCAAAAGGUGGCAAGGACGCCUGCAAGGGUGACAGCGGGGGUCCACUGAUGUAUCCAAAGAACAAAACGUUUUAUGCCAUUGGUGUAGUUUCAUUCGGUUAUCGAUGUGCUGAGCCGGGAAUUCCUGGUGUAUACACAAGGAUUACUCACUUCCUUGAUUUCAUCAAGUCUCAUUUAAAUUAAUUGCGAGAGCUUUUUGGUUGAUAUCUAUCUCACAAUUAAUUCCCAUUCAUGUCUUAGUCACAUUUUAAUAUACGCUGAAUAGAUCAAAUAAUAAAAUGAUGUGUAAAUUAGAUGAAA